AUGGAGGUGCACGCGGCGCCGGCGGUGGGGAAGCGGCUGUGGAGCUACGUGCGCGCGGCCUUCUUCAUGGCGCGCAACGGCAAGCGCAAGCUCCUCCUCAGCAUGCACCUCCUCGCCAACAAGCGCCGCACCAAGGCCGUCACGCGCGCCGUCGCCAACCUCCUCACCCACCACUCCCACGCCCACCACGGCACCGACUACGCGCUGCGCCGCCGCGACUACGAGUUCUCCUGCUCCAACAGCCCCACGGACCCCGCGGCGGCCUCCUCCUCCUCCAGCAGGCGCCGCCUCGCCUACUUCCCCUGCCUCGGCGCGGUGGCCGAGGAGGAGAGCUACGAGUACGGGUACCAGUACGACGGGUACGGCUCCCUCUCCCUCCACGACGCCGAGCCCGCGCCGCCCCUCGCCAGGAUCGACUACUACGCCGCCGCCGCAUCAUCGCCCGCGCCACCUUCGUCGCCCGGGGACCUCGACCUCGCGCCGGGCGAUGAGGAGGAGUACGCCUGCGCGCUGUCGUCGUCGGCGUCGCCCGCGCUGCUGCUCCCGGGCGCCAGCGGCGAGUUCUCCGUGCGGGUGUCCAACUACUCGUCCGAGGACGAAGCAGGCGUCGGCAACCAGGCCGUGGACGCCGACGCGGAGGAGUUCAUCCGCCGCUUCUACGACCAGCUCCGCCGCCAGAACACCGUCGCCUUGCUCCCCUACUACAUGCAGCAGGAAUCCAUCGCCUGA